CACAUUUAGAAACUCUUGCACUUGCCUACCUACCUAACAUAAAAAUAGAUGCCUAGGUAGGUUCUAGAUUCACCACCACAAAAGGAAAGCUGCAGAAAUAGAACUUAUCACAACAAUAAAAAACAAAACAAGACUUACCCACUACCACAUUCGCCAUGAAGCCUCCCUUAAUACCACCCACCCCACGGCCCAUCAAUCUCAAACCCACCGGCCCCGUCAGUCUAUUGACUGCCUUCGCCGAAGAGCAAUGGACCACCACUGCAAACUUGGCGAGGCAACGUUAUAGAACUACAAAAGACCCGUACUAUUUAGCCGUCGAGAUUGCUGCUAAAUCUCAGAGCGACAAUGUUGCUGACCGCAGUGCGGGAAAGGUCGAAGUUGAGAGGAUGAUUAAGGACAACAUCACCAUAUCUGAUGUCGAUACGCUGGACUUGUACGAGUUUGCCUGCUCCCGGAUCGAUAUCAAGUACUCGGAAACCGUCGGCGUGCUCCGUGCAAGGCUGGUGAAGGCCCUUCCGAAAGACCAGAAGUCUUGCACUCGAUGCUUCGAUGCUUGCGUCUGGAAUUCGGACUGGAAGAAUGCUCAACAGAUUGCAGCAUCGUUGAAUAAGAACUUUGCCAGCGACCGAAAGUUCUUAUUUCGAUAUAUCCUAGCCACUAACCAGUACUCUUUGUCCGAUGAAUGUCCCGAGGGUAGCAAAAAGAUCUUCGCGUCGCUUGCAAAAGCACAGGCCGACAAAGCCUUUGACCUCCGGACUAUGACUUCUGGUAACGAUGGUCGUGUCAUCUAUAAUGAAUCCGAGGCCUGGGUGUGGCUGAAUAUUCGAAUCAGCCAUUGUAGCCCGAAAGAAAACUUGGAGCUUUUUAGGAAGCCCGAGUAUAGCCCCCUAGCAUUCCUCAAAGCUGGCCAACAGGAACCCUACUGGAUAGCUCUAAGUUAUCUACAGACCUACUGUGCGUGGGAUGACAUCUUUCAAAUCGGAAAGGAGGUCUUGGAAGAAGCUACUCGCAUAGCCCAGGCCGAAGCUUCGGCUAUCGAAGACGAUGAAAAUGUUAUUAGUCUGCGGAAGCUUGCAGAAACCGAAGCUAAGCAGGACUCGUCAGUUAAGAAAGAUCUGGUUCGAGCUAUAGAAAAGGCUAGGCCUCGGCGAAGCUUGAAGGACCAAUCCUAUAUAUCUGCAAGCUGUGAAUAUGGGCUGUUUACGGCCAUCUUCCAAGCGGCCAAACGCCAGCCCGAUAGGAAGCGAGCCCUUAAACAAGUUCGCCAGCUAGUCGACAAGAUGAUCAAGGCUUUAUCCCGAGCAGAAAGCAUGAAGCCUAUUUUCCAAAGAACGCAUAGCAUUCUUUCUCUAUCCAUCCUCAUCGCACGAGAAUCGCCAGCCGACCCGGAAUCUGAUGGCUAUACCACGCGGGUCAUUAGCCUCACGAAUCAUGUUGUUCAACAUUAUAACGAGUCUCGCUGCCUUGCCGAAGCGCUAUCGUUCAUACCCGAGUUGAGCAAGCCAGAGGUUGCCGCAUUUAUUACAUCUCUUCGUACUACCAGCAUCAAGUGCGAUGACACCUUACAACGCUUCAUGCUAACAUCCUUAAGCUUGAGGAUCCGAUAUGCAGUGGCAACAGGCAGUAUACUUGGCUGUAUCUUUUGCAACGAAAGGAUUGAACGUGGGACCUGCGCCUCUUGUCUCAAGUCCAUCGCAAUCAAUGCCCUCGACGCGUACAAGGCAGGCAUGGAAGAUGACGAAUUCCACCAGAAGAUUCUAUCUAGUCAAAGCGAGAACCCUUUCUCAGAUAUUGCAGUAAUCGGAGCUGUAUGCCUACUAAGGCUCUCAGGGCUUGCUACCGAAUCUCCACCAAUGGGAACUAACUCUCUAUACCGUGCGAACAUCCAACUGUUCCUGCAAGCCGUUAUCUGGCUAGAAUCAUGCUUAACGACGUCGCCAUCUGUUAGCAGUACGCACCGUAUUCUGCUCGUUAAGCUGUACCUUCUCAUGGGUUGUGUGUCCCGGGCCAAGGUUCUGUGGGAUCGCUUUGACGUUAAGAAUGCCCUCCUGGAUUCUCUAGGUCUUCUCUUCGUCGAUCGGAUAUCAUCUAUCGCUCCGGGACUGUUCAUCACGGGCUCCAGUCGCGAUAACCCCGUUGAACCUUUCCUUGUACAUUUCACAAGGGGACUUAUGACUACGACCCCCAGAAGAAUUAUGGAUUCUCUGGAAAUGGGAACUUAUUCUAGCAUUCAGGAAAUGAUCCGGCAUGCCGAAAAACAAACCGCAAGCUGUACUCUGGUUAUAGCUGUUGUGGAAGAACGCCGAGGCCUGCGGAUGAAGGCAGGCAAGAUUGAGGCUCCCAUAGAAGACCAGCCUCUUGUCCGGAAACUAAUGCCUGACCAUAUGAUCCGAGACAUCACCGACUACGGAAUCUUUGCAGUUCCAGAUAGCGAAACGUCACAACCUAUUCCUGCUUUGGUCAACUAUGGACCGCUCCCAACUGGUGGCCGCGCGCAUGCCGGGUUGAUAGCCGAGCGCUUCCUUGACUUUGUCUGCUACGUACAGCCAAAGGAGUACAAGCCGUCGAAGGUAGGCCAAGUUGCGCAAAUCGACUGGAAAUAUGCAUUCGCUACUAGUUCCCAUCUAGAGAAGGAAAUGAGAGCUCUCUUAGCCAUCGGUGACAAGGGGCUUCCGGAAGAUGAGAAAGUCAAACUAGGAAAGCUACGAGAAUCGGUAAUGGGUUCUUUCACGACGCCCGAGUAUUGGUAUUAUGGGGUUAUAUGGAGACUCGCGAACGUGAUGAAGAAUAUUCUUGGGCACGGUUUCCUCUCGGCAUCUACUAAUGAAACCCGCGACCUCAAUCGCUUCUUUAUCAAGGGUGUGCUAGACAGCCUUGAGGGCCAAACCAAAGAUUUCUUAGAAGUGCCUGAGAAUAUCCACUCUAAAAUUUACGCUUUCCACGGCUUUGCAGCUCUUCAUGCUAUGGGCAUGCUACGCGAAUCGAUUCUAGCCGUCAAGUAUACAACAAACUACCUUACGAGCAUCUCCGAGAAACUCAAGAAUACUGAUAAAUCUCGCGCAUCCGCUGAACUCGCGUGGCUCGCACCUGAGCUUAAGAAGAUGACAGCCGCAGCUAUCGAGUCGGAGAACACGAUCAAAGCUCGCAUUAAGCUGCUUAAGGACUAUCUGGGCAAUGUCGACGGCUGGAGAGAUCGACUAUGCGACUGGGUUUUUGGCGAUUACACUGCAGUAUAUGAUGAGGAUCCGGAAUUCAAGAAGGAGGUGGCUAGCAAGAUUAGAGCCGCCAUCCCCAAGGCGAAUGGUGAACUAUGGGCUGACAAGGUUGGGGAGUCUUGGCGCGAGCUCAUGAAGGGUUGGGCUGCCGUCAGGUUCGACUGAUCUCUCCCCGCCCUAUUCAUCUUGAUCUUUGCUGCAAUCCGGGAUUCACUCUACUGCCUCGAGAGGGCUCUAAUUACGGCUCCGAAGCAUUUCUGCAUAUCUCUAUUCUACCUCCUUUAUAUCUGAGUGGCAUUCUUCGAAAGCUUGGAAAUCAUGUAUAGGUCCAAUAUGACUCCCGGAUCUUGGUAUUUGAGCCGAAGAAAUCUUGUGAAUGAAUGAUAUCUAAGGGGUAGACCUGAGAGUGAAGAUAUGGAAAGGAGGAGAUAGAGUCUUAACUCUAGCCAAAGGAUGGUUGGGCAUAAUGCAGUA